AGCUGCGAGUUCACGGUUCAGCAGGUGGGUGGGUGGGUGGAUCCAGAUGGGCUGUAGCAGUUGGAACUUGGAGCCGAGCCACGUUCAAUCAAAGGUCAGCAAUUGAUCAUUUUGCAUUCAAGUGUCAUCCGCAGCUCAUAGCAACCCUUCAAACCCGCCAGAACCUCUAGCGCUCUUCUGCGACAAACGUCAAGAUGGGUAUGGUCGACGCCCCCAACAAGGUGCCUCAGCACCAGAAGUUCUAUCAGCAGGCUUACAACCAGCACGUUCGCCUGUGGAGAAUUGGAACCCGAAGCAACGUUCUCUUCCUCCCUUACCAAGCUCUUCUGUGGGGAACCUUCGGUGCUUCGUUAUACAUGAUGGGCCGCAAAGUCAUGGGCCACAACACUUGGUUCGGCAAGGACUAGGCUGAACAUGUUGAAGUAGGGCGGGAGUUGAUAUCAUAGGCGAAAGGGGCAGAACAUUGUGUUGAUAGAGAGACCGAAUAGAUCUUUCCCAUACGCCAUCGAGCGCGUCACAAGUCGUCUUUCACUCAUACGCUCUCGGAAAAUCGAUGUCAAGUUUGAAAUUCAA